AUGAGAGGGCAUCUAGUUAGUUUCAAGUUCUGUCCCGUUCUGUUGAGUGGUGUUGCUGUAUUUCUUGUGGGUUUUAGUUCGUCUUUGCACACUGAGGUGUUGACUCGCCAAAUCAAUAUAGUAUAACUUACUGACGUCGAACGAUUUUGGCUGUGUCACGAUAAUUUUUACAUGAUUCCCCCUCCCCUCAAUAAGGCUCUGUAACAAUCUUACAAUCCCCCUCUUUGGCAGUCAAUUUUCUACACCUUCGGUUUCUCUUUAUACUCUGUUAGCCACAACAAAUCCUCCUAAAAAUCUCUACGCGCAACUCCCAUAACUCCUAGGGCUUCUUCAUAUGAUGACCUCUUAAGACAGGGUAAACAACUACACACAAACCGUAUUAUGAAAGCAUCAAAAGUAAAUUGUAUAAUAAGAAAAUGAGACACGAUUAUGUUGUUUUUCCAGGAUUUGAGCUAAUUGGUCAUAUCACCAAGACAUUAUACGCUGACGAAAUGACCUGUGGAUUGAGAUGCCUUCAAGAUGAAAAAUGUCAAUCUUACAACAGCAAAUCCGAUGCUAAUGAUGCAAAGAAGGAAUGUCAACUGAGUAACCAAACUAAAAAACCAAGUCCAGAAAACUUGAGGCAUAACCCACGUUCUACUUAUUAUGGAAGAAGUACCGUUAAUUAAGGUGCUUAACUUUAGGAACAAGUCAUAUUUUUAUCACCUGGGCGGAGGGGGAGAAGAGGGAGAGGGAAAAGUCGGAGCAUUUUGGUUUCACAAUAAAUCGAGUUGGUCAAUUUUCUUUAGUCCCACCUUUAAACUCCGUCAGCGACGACUGAUCCCCUCUCUGUUCCCAUUGAAAACCAGGAUACCCCCCUCCCCCCGCAAGACCCUCCUACCCCUCCCACUCCCUUUUUCUUAGCGAAAAAUGGUGACGUAUUCCUUACUUCUACUAAGCGCUUUUCAGAGAAUCUAAAGUUUAUAUUUCUGCUCAUCCGGCCUUAUCCUGUAAGGAAAUUCUGGACUCUGGGCACUCCAAAGGAGACGGGGAGUAUUGGAUCGACCCCGAGAAGAGUGGAAACCCUUUGAGGGUCUAUUGUGACAUGUCAAGAUAUGGUAAUAAGAGAAUAAGUUUUUUCUAGAGACAGAAGGACUUAAACCGCAGUAUGUUUGACUUGGAGCACUUUUUAUUGGAACAUUCUGGUCUUGGCUAUUCGUGCUUUCUCUACAAAGAUCCUUAUUACGUUUUUCAAUCGAAACUGUAACAAAAUUCUCCAACGCGAUUGGUUAUCACCAGCCGGCCGAUUUGAGCACAACAAGACAGUAUACGCGUCAUACUUGUAAUUGGACAGUGUAAUAGGACAGUCAAAUGGACCUUUAACACGUCAUGCCUGUAUGGGGAGACAGAACGCGUCAUGUGCACGCGCUGUUGUCUCACAUUUCGCCGAGUAAACUGUUGUUUUUGGUUAACAAUCAAGAGCUUGUUUGAUUGAUGAUCAUUUCCUUUAUUCUCAUGACUUUAAUGUGUGAUUCAGGGCUGAUAUUGUAAGGAGAAACUAGAUGCUAAUCACUCUUUGGGGUCAAAGAGUGAAAAUUUGCUUGAACUUAAAAAAAAAAGGUGAUGUGAUUUGGGGAAGUAAAGACCCGUAAUCAGGAAAGAUCAUAGGAGUAAGAUGGCUUUUUUAUGAAAUGGAAAUUUUUUUAUUCUAGACUCUAUCUUAUAUUGCUGCUUUUAUGUUCUUUAACCCUUUAACUCGCACAAGUGACCAAGACAGAAUUUCUCUUUACACUAUCAAUACAAUAUUAACCAGAUAAGUGGUGAGAAUAAAGAAAAAUUUCAAUUUGGGGAUAAUUAGUUGAUCCAAUAUUAAAUUCUUCAAACUAAAAUUAUAAGAAUUGUAUGGUUGACAAUAAGUAGAAUUACAAAUUUGAUCUGGGAGUUAAAUGGUUAACUGUGUCAAGAUUGCUUUCAUUUUUUUAGGUGCCGGUGGUACACAGCGACUUCCAAGAGCUGUUGGGAAGUCCCUGGCUAUGGAAAUGAUACUAACAGGAGAUCCUAUUUCAGCAGAAGAUGCACAGAAAUCAGGUCCAUGUUCCUUUCAACUUAGCUCCUAUUUUUGACCAGUUGUUCAUCAUUACCUCUUUACCUUACAAAGUCGAUCAACAUGCAACUUCUCCCUGUAAUAAACAUACAUCAUCCAGCAAACGGGUAGCGAGAAUAUUAAAACUUAUCAGUUCAAAGUUGUUAUUUUGAUCUAACAUCAAAAAAAGGAAAUGUGUAGCAGCUAGAGGGGAGAAUUAACAAUCAGAUCUUGGGGGUUAAGGGGUCAAGGAGGGAGGUACUUAGCAUCGUAAGUCUUCCCGGUGGCACAAGGAAAUUCUCACACAAAUUAUUGAGAAAUGUGUACAGUACUUCCACAUUAUCAAGGACUGCAACGGAGACACACUGUUUUAUGCUAAGUCAGUGCUCUGCUAAACACUUGUAUAAACCUGGAAAAUUCGAGUCAAGGCGUAGAUUUUUUCCCUAUGCUUGUUAGCAUUUCCGCGAACGAACUAAACCGGUCACUUCCGAAGAUGUCCGCACACCUCCGAAGACGUUUUUCAGAGUUUACGUAAACUUGCAUUUCUUCAGUACUCUCCUCUCUUACUAAUAGCUCUCGGCAAAAGUUAUUCGCGCCAACCUUUCUCUUCGUUUUGAUUCGUACAUUUGCUCUGUAUACUUUUUCAAAAAGUCGCAGUUAAGGCAGCGUUGUCAGUUAGGUUUAAGGGUUUAUAAAAGUAUGAACUUGGGGCAUGCUCUCCUGUGAUAAAACUGCAUACACUUCUGAGAAUUAUUGGCGUCGGCUUUGUCAGGUGGGACAUUGCGCACUCAUUCUCGAGAUUUUUCUUCACUUAGAUCUAAAUUCAAAUUACAGACUUAAAAAAUUUUCAUUUUUUCUUAAGCCUGGUUAGUAAGUCUUCCCCGCAGAAGAGCUCGUAGAUGAAGCUAUCAAGACAGCUGUAAAAAUAUCACGGCAAAAAAACUAGCGUUCACCGUACGGAAGACUUAGAUUGAAUUCACGGAAAACGCGGCAUUUUUCAAACGUUUACUCAUGUUUUGCCGUACGGAAAAUGCAACGUUUUCUGUGCGUUUUCGCAUCGGUGAAUCCCAGUAUUCGUUCCAUUAUACGAUAGUUUUCCUUCGCGGUAAAUGCAGGUAAACAAAUCAUUUUCCGGCAUUAAUCGCUCGGUUAACGCACUGCAAACAGCUUGUUUUCUUUUUAUUCCUUGGCAUUUUCCAAGUGUACAACAACGCAUUCACUGGAGUCAGGAACACACAAAAACAUGUAUGGUACAACAGAUAUACCAACACACUGUGAGUCAUAAAUGUAUGAGUUAGAACGUGAGAAGGAAUCCUGUCAGUUUCAUCACUGAAGAAAACUUUUAACCUUGAAAUUUCAUCUUGUAGUUCUUUCAGUUUUCACUAGGCGAAUUUAGCUUUGUUUGGUGGGAAAAAGUUACUAUGUAUCCUGAAUGCUACUGAUUGAUACUCAUAAAAAACUGGGUACAGGAGAAAAGAAAUCCGGAUAAUAAAAACAAUCCGAGUAAUCUAGGUUUGUUUCUAAUUAAAUUCCCCCCAAGCUUUACUCGAAUGUAAAGAAACGCUAACCCCAAGUCGUGAUCAGUACUUUGUGCAAAGUUGACUGAUGCAUAAUUUAUGUAUGGGUUCUUAAGCUGUUUCUAUUUAUUUAUUUUAAUCAUUGUCUCAAGGUUCGUUAAAAUUGUAUGAAAAGUUGAUAAAAGAGUUUUUCGAUACAAAAAUACGAGAGGAGUGGAAGGAAACUGAAGGUAAGAAUAUACUGGUUUCAAGACGAUUGCUCUCUAACUUUGAUAACAACAUAAAUCUUGAAUAGUCAGCCGCUUCAAUAACUGCGUUUGAGUGAGAAGUAUAUUUACAAAAGACCUUUACUACCGCAUAAACGUGAGAAGAAAAGUCGAGGAAAAGUAAGCAACAGAAGGUAAGUUUGAUUGAGAAACUCGAUGUAUUUACUUACUAUCGGGUGAGUAACUUGUGCAAGCCAGCGGACAAGUUUUCAUUCUUCUCAGGGAUGAUACCUUUAUACGACUUGGUUGUUUAAAAAGCCCUCGCAUUCUUUCGCCGACUCAGACAAAGUGUAAUGGACAGAACCCUUAACUCAUAAAACUAUUUGCUGCGUCUAAGAAGCUUAAGGCAAAAGGA